GAAGAAUGACACGACACCAAAACGACAAAAGCCUAUACUAAAGAAAAAACGACACCGAAAAGGAAGAUUCACUAUGAAAUUCCACACUGAAGCGACUAAAUCCCACAGAAAAGAAAGACUUAUGACGAGAUUCCACACCGAAGCGACUAAAUCCCACACCGAAAGAAAGUUGUGA